UGUACCACUGAAUCUGCAAUGUGCCUGUACAACUGAAUCUGCAAUGUGCCUGUACCACUGUAUCUCCUACGACAGUAGCUGUACAUUGGCUUGUUCUGUGUUUCCCCUCCAGGAUGAUGAGACAGGCCAUGUUCUUCCUCUUGCUGGCUCUUCUAGGAACGCCUACUGUCAAACAAUAUUAUCCUCCUGCAGAAAAUCUUGCCUUACGUGGAAAAGCUACUCAGUCAAACCUUCUCGAGAACCCAUGGUCAGGUUACAGCCAUCCCUCAAAUGCCAUUGAUGGGAACCGCAAUUCACAGUUCCAUCAUGGGUCCUGUGCUCUCACUGACUCUGAGACUAACCCCUGGUGGAGAGUGGAUCUGCUUGAUACCUACAUAGUCACCUCUGUGACCAUCACCAACAGAGGUGACUGCUGCCAUACAAACAUCAACGGUGCUGAAGUUCGCAUUGGGAACUCCUUACAGGAUGAGGGCAUUCACAACACACUAGCUGGUGUGAUCUCCACCCUUGCAGCAGGUAGAUCUCUAACUCUGAGGUGGACAUCAGGUGUGGAAGGACGUUAUGUGACUGUGGUUCUACCAGGGACAGGAAGACAACUGACACUCUGUGAAGUGGAGGUUUAUGGGUACCUUGCCCCAACUGGAAUGAAUGUGGCGAUAACAGGAAAGGCCACUCAGUCAUCAUUACAUGGGUUUGGGUUUGCUAACAAUGCCAUCGACGGGAACCGAAAUGGUAUUUAUGGAGAUGGUUCCUGCACCCACACCAAAGCCAACUAUAACCCCUGGUGGCGACUGGACCUUCUAAAGACCUACAAAGUGUUCUCCAUCACCAUCACCAACAGAGUGGACAGUGUUUCCAACAGACUGAAUGGAGCUGAGAUCCGCAUCGGAGACUCAAAGGACAACAACAAUGGCAACAACAAUCCCAGGUGUGCUGUGAUCUCCUCUAUACCUGGAGGCUUCUCCAGCACCUUCCAGUGUAACGGCAUGGACGGUCGAUACAUCAAUGUGGUCCUUCCAGGAAGAAGUGAAUACCUGACCCUGUGUGAGGUGGAGGUCUAUGGGUCACCACUGGACUGAUAGAUCCAGAGCAUUUAUUACCAAAAUGUAAUCUGGAGAACAAGAUACACUGUUUUCUGGACUUGAUAGAUAACUUAUAUUGUAGUUAUGUACACUUAGAAAAAAGGGUUCCAAAAGUGUUCUUCGGCGGUUCCCAUUUGAGAACCCUUUUGGGCUCCAGGUAGAACCCUUUUGGGUUCUAUGUAGAACCCUCUUUAGGAAGGGUUCUGUAUGGAACCCAAAAGGGUUCUACAUACCUGCAACCAAAAAGGGUUCUUCAAAGGGUUAUCCUAUGGGGACAGCCGAAGAACCCUUUGUCACGCCCUGGCCUUAGUAUUCUUUGUUUUCUUUAUUAUUUUAGUUAGGUCAGGGUGUGACAUGGGGAAUGUUUGUGUUUUGUCGGUUUUGGGUGAUUAUAUGGUAAAGGGGGUGUUGGGUGUAGUGUAUGGGUUUGUGUUGAGUGCAUGUGUCUAGCUGUGUCUAUGUUGGUUUAGUUGUCUAGGAGAGUCUAUGGUUGCCUGAAUGAGUUCCCAAUUAGAGACAGCUGAUUUCUGUUGUCUCUGAUUGGGAGCCAUAUUUAGGGUAGCCAUAGGCUUUCGUUUGAUGUGGGUAAUUGUCUAUGUCUGAACGUUUGUAGCCUGUGUAUGUGCACAACGUUUAUUAGCUUCACGGUCGUUUUAUUGUUUUGUUAGUGUGUAAGUGUUUUUGUUUCGUUUUGCCU